GUCUAAAUUUGUUACAAAACAAUAUGGCCGCGCCCAUUAACUCUGACCGUUGAACAUUCCUCAAUAUCGCGUAUCGAUGACAUGAUUAUGAGCGGUUGUAAAAUUAUAUUUUAUUGCCAUUAGCAACCAAUCCGUUUAUCAUAUGUAACUAUGUCAGGGAUUAUUUUUUACCAAGUGAAAAAAUCUUUAGACAAGCUCUUGUUUCAAAACUUUUUAAAGAGGAAAUGCGGACUCCAUGAGCAGCGAUUUUACACGAAAGGAUCAGAAAACAUUAUGAACGUGUUUGAUAGAAAAGCAAAGCGACUUCAAAGAGAUAGAUCUACUCAGCUGCCAAAUUUUGAGGAUGCUCAAUAUGUAAAAGACGAGAUUGGAUACAGAACCUAUGAUAGACUCUUGGAUAUCAAAAGGGAGUUUGAUGUUGGGCUGGAUCUAGGAUGUGGCCUUGGUUAUGUUUCCCGCCACAUUCUUAAGGACACCAUCAAGCUUCUAUACCAGUGUGAAAUGUCAGAGAAACUGCUGAGAAAAGGACAGAUUUCUCCAGAAGUACCUACACAUAAAUUAAUUGUUGAUGAGGAAUUCUUACCUUUCAAAGAUGAAUCUCUUGAUGUGGUUUUCAGUAGUUUAAGUGCAUUACAUCUAUCUCUUGGCAGUUUGCAUUGGGUCAAUGAUUUACCAGGCUGUUUUAGAGCAAUUCAGAAAGCUCUGAAGCCAGAUUGCCCCUUCAUUGGAAGCAUGUUUGGUGGUGACACACUGUUUGAACUCAGGGUCUCUUUACAGUUAGCUGAACAGGAAUUACAAGGGGGGGUCAGUCCACACAUUUCACCUUUCACUGAUGUCCGCGAUCUUGGUAACUUAUUGAAUCGGGCAGGAUUCACCAUGCUAACUAUAGACAUUGAUGAAAUAAAAACAACUUACGAUGAUAUAUUAUCCUUAAUGAUGGAUUUGAAAGGUAUGGCAGAAAAUAACUGUGUCCAUGUCAGACGACCCAUGCUAUCCCGAAAAACACUACAGCUAGCUGAAGAGAAGUAUAGAGAAAUGUACAAUACAGAGGAUGGACUGGAGGCCACUUUCCAAAUCAUAAAUUUCAUUGGGUGGUCCCCACAUCCCUCACAGCCCAAACCUCUGCAGAGAGGAUCAGCUCAGUUUUCUCUGAAGGACCUGGACAAGAUUGAUGAGUUAAAUAAACUGAACGAAGAUCUAAACCCCAACAAACCUAAAUGAUAGGACAAAUUUAAAGUAAUUUAAGAUCUUUGUGAUUUUUAUAUUAAUUGUAUGCAAAUUAUUUAUAGUGACUACAAAGCAAUGUGAUAAAAUAAAGAAGAUGAACACUU